AUGAAAACCACAACAGAUCUUAAACAAGUUGUCAAUUUGUUUGAUAAAGGACCCCAAUUUGAUUCAUCGUAUUCACCUUUAUAUGAGAGAUUUUCAUCGAGCACGAAACCAUCUUAUGACUAUUUCAAAGGCGAAAGGAAUGUACCCAACGUUAAUUGUCGUCUUCUGUUUCAAAAGGACUUAAAGGAGAUUCAAAGAGUUGACCAGUUAAAUAUCACUAAUAACAAACAAUCCCUGUGUGAACAAAUACAAGACUGUGAAAUAUUUAUGACUAACAGAAAAUAUAUUGUGGACCCCUUGACUGAGGAGGAGAAACUUUUCUCAAUAGCAUAUAGUAUACUUGUAUACAAGAACCCAGAGCAGUUUGAAAUUCUUUUAAGAGGUAUUUAUCGACCUCAAAACUUUUACUGUAUUCAUGUCGACAGUAAGGCCUCACAGAAAUUAUUCGACGAAUUUGAAUGUGCUAUGAAAUGCUUUCCAAAUGUUUUUCUGGCUUCAAAGAGGACACAGGUGGAGUGGGGAAAGAUGAGUGUGUUAACCCCAGAAUUGGUCUGUAUGAAAGACCUACUUCAAUUCUCUCGUUGGAAGUAUUUCAUAAAUCUAACAGGACAAGAAUUUCCGCUUCGCACGAACUACGAGUUAGUAAAAAUACUCAAAAUACUUAAUGGUUCAAAUGAUGCUGAGGGCACAUUGAAAAGGUAUAUGAUAAUAUAA